AGAUCAGAAGCCAAAAAGACUAAAGUUAAAAAGAAGACCAACAAUCCACAUUUCGAUGAAGUGUUUUAUUUUGAGGUUACAAGACCCAGUAGCUACAACAAGAAAUCCCAUUUUGAUAUUGAAGACGUCGAUGAAGUUGACAAAAUGGAGAUUAGGGUUGACCUUUGGAAUGCCAGCAACUUGAAGUUUGGUGAUGAGUUUCUAGGAGAACUGAGGCUCCCUUUGAAGUUUCUCCGACAGUCUAGUUCUUAUGAAGCCUGGUAUUUCCUGCAGCCUAGAGAUAAUGGCAACAAGUCACUGAAGCCUGAUGACCUUGGUUCCUUAAGGUUAAAUGUGGUUUACACUGAAGACCAUGUUUUUUCCUCAGACUAUUACAGCCCACUCAGAGAUGUUCUGCUCAAAUCUGCAGAUGUUGAGCCUGUCUCAGCAUCAGCUGCACACAUUUUGGGUGAAGUUUGCAGAGAAAAGCAGGAAGCAGCCAUACCUCUUGUCAGGCUUUUCUUACACUAUGGCAGAAUUGUGCCUUUCAUAAGUGCCAUUGCGAAUGCUGAAGUGAAGAGAACUCAAGAUCCAAACACCAUUUUCAGAGGAAACUCAUUAACUUCCAAGUGCAUUGAUGAGACAAUGAAACUGGCAGGGAUGCAUUAUCUGCAAGUCACACUAAAGCCAAUUAUAGAUGAGAUCUGCCAAGUUCAUAAACCUUGUGAAAUUGAUCCUGUGAAAUUAAAAGAUGGUGAAAACCUGGAAAAUAACAGGGAAAAUCUGAGGCAAUAUGUCGAUCGUAUUUUUACUGUCAUUACAAAAUCUGGUGUGAGCUGCCCUACAGUGAUGUGUGAUAUUUUCUUCUCACUGAGAGAAUCAGCUGCCAAACGUUUUCAAGGUGACCCAGAUGUGAGGUAUACAGCUGUCAGCAGCUUUAUUUUCCUGAGGUUCUUUGCUCCUGCCAUUCUUUCUCCAAACCUCUUUCAGCUUACACCACACCAUCCAGAUCCUCAGACUUCUCGAACUUUGACACUUAUCUCUAAAACCAUUCAGACACUAGGCAGCUUAUCAAAAUCUAAAUCU